AUGUGCGUGUGUGCUGACUGCCCGGCUACCCCGAGCCCGCGGGGAGCCAGUCCGCUCCUAGUGGCUGGCGGCCGGAGAGAGGGAGCGGACAUGGACUUCGAUUCGUACCAGCACUAUUUCUAUGACUAUGACUGCGGGGAGGAUUUCUACCGCUCCACGGCUCCCAGCGAGGACAUCUGGAAGAAAUUCGAGCUGGUGCCGUCGCCCCCCACGUCGCCGCCCUGGGGUUUGGGUCCCGGCGCCGGGGACCUGGCCCCUGGGAUUGGUUCCCUGGAUCCUUGGCCCGGAGGGGGAGCUGGGGACGAGGCGGAAUUCCGGGGCCACUCGAAAGGUUGGGGCAGGAACUACGCCUCCAUCAUCCGCCGUGACUGCAUGUGGAGCGGCUUCUCCGCCCGGGAACGCCUGGAGAGAGUGGUGAGCGACCGGCUAGCCGCUGGUGCGCCCCGAGGGAACCAGCCCAAGGCGCCCGCCGCCCCAGACUGUGCUUCCAGCCUCGAAGCUCCCAACCCGGCGCCCGCCGCCCCAUGUCCGCUGGGCGAGCCCAAGACCCAGGCCUGCUCUGGGUCCGAGAGCCCUAGCGAUUCGGAGGGGGAGGAAAUUGACGUUGUGACAGUGGAGAAGAGACAGGCCCUGGAUGUACGGAAGCCAGUCACCAUCACAGUGCGAGCAGACCCUUUGGACCCCUGCAUGAAACACUUCCACAUCUCCAUCCAUCAGCAGCAGCACAACUAUGCUGCCCGUUUUCCUCCAGAGAGCUGCUCCCUAGAAGGGGUUCCAGAGAGGGAACUCCAAGAAGAGGCUCUGAGAGAUGCUCCAGAGGAAAAGGAAGAUGAGGAAGAAGAGAUUGUGAGCCCUCCACCUGUAGAAAGUGAGGGUCCCCAGUCCUGCCACCCCAAAUCUGUCAGCUCAGAUACUGAGGACGUGACCAAGAGGAAGAACCACAACUUCCUGGAGCGCAAAAGGCGGAAUGACCUUCGUUCACGGUUCUUGGCUCUGAGGGACCAGGUACCUACCCUGGCCAGCUGCUCCAAGGCCCCCAAAGUAGUGAUCCUAAGCAAGGCCUUGGAAUACUUGCAAACUCUCGUGGGUACAGAGAAGAAGAUGGCUACGGAGAAAAGGCAGCUCCGAUGCCAGCAACAGCAACUGCAGAAAAGAAUUGCGUACCUCAGUGGCUAUUGACUGACCAAAAAGCCUGACUGCUCUCUCUUAUGAAAUCACAGGUUUAUUUUGUAUCCCUCUCCCAUCCCCUUAGUAAUUUGCACAUUUUGUUUAUGAUGGGACAGUCUGGACAAUAGAUCCCAGGAUGCAUUGCAGCCAGUGCACACAAUAAGGGCUUGCAUUCUUGGAAACUUUGAAACUGGCUCUCUCUUCUCUGACUUGUUGGAAUGCUGUGUCUUCUCUGGCGCCUUUGGCUUCACAGGCAGGCAGCUGACUGUGGAGCCUUGGGGUCUGCCUAGCUCACUAGCUCAGAAAAAAAAAAAAAAAAAAAGCCUGACAGAUGCUAUGCAACAGGUGGUGGACGUUGUAGGGGGGCUCUGGCCUGCAUGAAAUCUCACAGUCUGGAUGAACUUUAGGCUGGGAAAAGAUGCUCCCACUGGUGUCUCUGGGGUGAUGCUAGGACAGCUGGGCCUGAAUGUUCUUCCUGAGGCUCCUUUUU